CUCGCGCCAUCAUCUCCCAUGGCGGAAACAAGGGUCGAAAUCUCAGAUCAUGUGGGUGGUGAGGUCUCUCUGACGGACUCGGAGGUUUGUUCAUCUGAUCUGUGCUAUUUUCUUUUGUUGCCACUGUGUUCCAUCUGAUCUGAUUGUGUGGAUAACUGCCACUUCUUCGUCGAGGAGUGAGGAGGUCUCCUUUUGGGUCAGCAGAGAAGCUCUCAUUCACUAUCCAGAUUCCUCCGUUUUUCAAGAAUCGCAAAUGGACGGAAGCGGCGGCGGUGGUGACGGUGGUGGUUCCAUAGCCACGGUGGCGGUUGAUCCUGAGCUCGACCUCUCCUCUGAUGCUGGAGCUUCUCUCCCUACUCGAGGCUCUGAUGAGUUCAAGCCUUUUAUCCGCCGUCUCCCCGAGUUCAAAUUCUGGUACUCCAUGACUAAGGCCUUCUGCAUAGCUUUCCUCAUGACGUUCUUCUCGGUCUUUGAUGUCCCUGUCUUCUGGCCUAUUCUGCUUUGCUACUGGGUCGUUCUCUUUUUCCUCACCAUGAGACGCCAAAUCUCCCACAUGAUCAAGCACAAGUACAUCCCUUUCAGCAUCGGUAAACAGAAAUAUAGUGGCCGUAGAUCUUCUGCGAGUAGCGGUGGUGCCUCUCGUGCGGAUUGAUUCUGAUUAUUAGUUCCAGUUUGUUUCAUGUUGCUCUCUGUUAGUUCCCUCCGAAGUACCUCUUCUGUAAAUAUGAUUCAUUUCUACUUCAAACCGAACUCAUUCCCUUUGUU